AUGAUGGUGAAAUGGCUGAAGCAAGUUGGAUCUGCAACGUGCAACUCCACAUUCCUCAAGUCGAUCCAAGCAUUGACAUCGCAAAGUUCAGAUUCAUCAACUGCCUUUCUACCUCUCUUUCAACACCCAAAACGCACAUCGCUCAGCAUGUCCCUCGCCUACCUAAACUCCGAAUCCUCCUCCACCCACCCAGACGAUAUCUGGGCACUCAAAUGGACAUCAACCAACAACCUCGUCUCUGGCUGCGCCGACGGCCAUAUCCGGGUGUAUGACGCCUCGCAACCGUCCGUACCAGUCUACAACCUCUCGACAAACCCGCUCGCGAUUGCUAGUCUGAGCGUAUCGGGUGAUGGACGGUUUGCGCUGGGGGCGAGUCUGGAUGGGAUGGUGGUGAUGGUGGAUGUCAAAGAGGGGAGGUCGGUGGGGCGGGUGGAGAGUGCGAGGGAGAAGGUGGGGGGUGGGAGCGAAAUCCCGGCGUACGCAUGCGCCCUCCACCCCUCUUCCUCAGCCUACGCAUACUGCGGCCGAUCCUCCAAAAUAAUCGUUAAGACCAUCUCGUCCGACUCUCUCAACGGUGGCUCAAAUGAGGAUGACGAUGAAGGAAAUGAACAAAAUGGUGUCUCUGUGGGCGCAGGGCCGCUGGGCGGGGAAGGGAAGGUGGUGGACACGGGCAAGGGAAAGUUCGCAAUGGACAUCAACUUUUCUCCAGAUGGCCGUCAAAUUGCCCUCUCGACGGAGAAUGGCCAUAUCACCGUCGUCGACGCAGAAUCGUCUUCCGUCGUCGCGACGUACCAGUCUCACGCUAUGGCAGUCCGGACCAUAUCCUGGUCGCAUGACUCGCAGUGGCUCUUCUCAGGCUCAGACGACCACCGAAUAGUCCUGCACGAUAUCCGCGCGGGAAGCAAGACGGGCUCGGGCGGGAAGGGAGAAGGCGCAGUGGCGAUUCUGCAAGGACAUCAGAGCUGGGUACUGUCGGUUGCUGCGGGGCCAGAUGGGCGAUUACUCGGUUCAGCCGGAGCAGACCGCCAAGUCCGACUGUGGGACAUUGCCCAGCGCACUUCGGUCUUCUCAACGACCACAGCGGCGCCGGUCUGGGCCUUCGACUGGCAGCCUGAGAACGUGACGAGUGGGUCGUUGGGCGUAGGCAAGAUGUUUGCGACGGGUGGGGAUGAGAAGAAGGUGAUGAUUUACAGAGCGGCGGGGAGUGUCUAG